AGAGUUGUCCUCCUGGCCGCCAUUAAAGAAUUCAAUCCAUGUAGUGAAAUAAUGGAAAUCUGCAGGACACCCAUGGAUCCAGGCAGAGACGAUUAGCCGAUGAGUAGUGUCGGAGAUUUGGCAUUUAUUCUGUUUGACGAACAGUUUUAUCAUGACGGAGCUCCGUUGAGGUUUUAGAAGGAAUGAGGGCGGUGUAGCUGAUUGUUUUAUUUAGCUGGCAGGCUAGCUGAGAUCAGGGGGAGGGGAGAGUUCCUCUGCUUUGAAAUUGUUUCAGAUCAGCUAGCUGACGUUAGCAUUAGCACACCAGGGACCAAGCUUUUGUGAUGAAGUUUUUUUAGUUUCCGAGCUCGUUCUUUCAAAUUUCUGGGGUUUGUUUUAACUUUAGUCUGUUCUGGUUAGGUUAACGUUAAUUGUUUGAUAUUUAUGUGAUGUGGCCGCAGCUCUGCGGCUAACCAGAUCAGACAAUACAUUUCAAAUAGGAUUGAUGAAUCGACUAGCUAGAAGCCUACAGUUGACGCUAUCUGGCUGUCUGUCUAAUGUUAGCUUAGCCGCCAGGCUAGUAGCUAGCGCCGGUUAGAAGUUGGCUGACUUAAUUACAAGUGAACGUCGCUUCGCUUGCGAGUUACACCUAUCAGCUAUUGCCCCAAAGGUGGUUGAGACAAUGGACUUGAACGUUACCACCGCGCAGUGAAAGGAUGAGUUCGUGCUUUGUACCAAACGGAGCCAGUUUGGAGGAUUGCCACUCCAACAUCUUCUGCCUGGCUGAUUUGACUGGAAUAAAAUGGCGACGUUUUGUGUGGCAAGGUCCCACCUCUUCGCCCAUCCUCUUCCCGGUGACCGAGGAGGACCCGAUCUUGUGUAGCUUCAGCCGAUGCCUGGCAGCAGAUGUGCUAAGUGUGUGGAGAAGGCACCACACCCCGGGUCGCAGGGAGCUUUGGCUUUUCUGGUGGGGGGAUGACCCCAGUUUUGCAGAGCUUAUCCACAAUGAGCUUUCGAGCGAGGAGGAUGGUGAGUGGGAGAGCGGUCUGUCCUACGAGUGUCGAACGCUCCUGUUCAAAGCCAUUCACAACCUGCUGGAGCGCUGCCUGAUGAACCGUGGCUUCGUUCGCGUCGGCAAGUGGUUCGUUAAGCCAUACCAAAAGGAGGAGAAGAUCAUUAAUAAAAGCGAGCACCUGUCUUGCUCUUUCACCUUCUUCGUUCAUGGCGACAGCAAUGUGUGCACGAGCGUGGAAAUCGCCCAACAUCAGCCACUUCAGAGACUCGGCGAAGAGCAUCCAAGCCUUGCACAGCAGAGCUCCAGCCCCCUGCAAGUAAUCCUGAGCCCAUACGGCUUGAACGGGACACUCACCGGCCAAACGUUUAAGAUGUCAGAUCACCCUACUCAGAAACUCAUCGAGGAGUGGAGGCAGUUUUAUCCCAUUUGUCUGAAUCCCAAGGAGUCCCAGGAAGACAAGCUGGAGGAUACGGACUGGGAGGAUGACUCCCUAGCGGCUGUGGAAGUCCUUGUUGCGGGGGUGAGGAUGGUUUACCCAUCCUGCCUUGUGCUUCUCCCCCUAUCGGACCUCCCCGCCGUAGUCUCCCAGGGCUCGGCCAACACCCCGGGGGCCCAGUGUGGCGCUCAGCAGGGUCAGGCGACUCACAGAGACCCCGCCAUAUCCUCUGUCACCUUGACUCCGCCCACAUCACCAGAAGAGGCUCACACUGACUAUCAGCCUGCCCACCGCUGGCUAAAGCUGUCUUCUGCGUCCGAUUGCUACAACUCUAACAACACUCUUCAUGGGGGUAAAAUCCCCCGCAGGCUGGCUGGUCAGAUGGUGGAAUCAGUGUGGCAGGAGUAUAACAUCAACCGUACUGGGAACAAGAGGAAGUUUACCAACUUGACAAACGGCGCGUGUGAGGAGGAAUUGGAGAAAACAAGACUCUGGGAUUUUGUGGAACCUACUUGCAGACCAUCUUGCAAUUGUUCAAGGCAUAAGAAUCAGAAGCAGCGUUCCGGCAGCACCUCAGGACACCCACCGUCAUCAGGCCAGUCGGCCCAGCCAGCCCCCAAGCACAAGCUGGGAGAGAAACUGGAGAAGGGGGAGAAGCAGCAGAGGAGGCCACAAACGCCUUUUCAUCACCGCAACUCUGUGAGCGAGGAGCAGCCGCUGGAGCCACAGACCCCGCGGCUCUGCCCCAGACAGCUGGAGGAGGGCUCGUAUCCCAGCCUGCACCACGUCGACACAGUGGCGCCCAAAGCACCCACGCUACACGCGCACGGUCCCCCCACAGACUUGGUAGGAUCCCCGCCACCCCCUCCUCUCAGCCCACAUCCAUGUGAACAUGCAGAAAGCGACUUAACCCCAAGAGCCAUUAAGAACUCUUCCACGCCUAUUCACCAAGCGAUCUACCCGCCGUCAGUGGAGCCACAUAAAGCCUCGUCCGAGGACCAUCAGUUGGACAGCGUCCCCGUGCCUUCCUUCACCCCCACCUAUAACGAAAGCUUGGAACUGACGAUGUUUGUAGGUUCAGCUGUAAACCCAAAUGAAGACUCCACCCACAACCCCUGGAAGUAUUUCAACUUGCCCAGGAAGCCCUCCAACCUGUCGACGCCUCAGCUGCCUGUGGAUAAAGCACGAGAUGAUUGUGGAGGAACGGAAAACGUCGUCUCUGUCACGGAGUUGAUGUCCGACUCCUCGCAGCCUCUGAAGGUCUCCCAGGAGCUGGUCAGGACGUACGCUCAGCGGAGACACAGCCAUCUUUCUUCCACAGCAGGAGACGGAGACCACAGCGAGGAGCCAGACCCUUACGCCUUUGUGGAAGACGAGGACGACAACUUCACAGAGAAGAAGGACAAGUCUGGGACUGAGAAGGAAGGAAACAAGAAACAGAAGAUGGAUGAAGGAAAUGGAACUUCUGCAGAUGAUGGUCAGGGUCCAUCAGGCAGUAAACCUUCUGCCUCGACCAGCCUCAUCCAUGAGAAUGACCUGGCCGUGUCCUACAGCGACCUGGAUAAACUAUUCAACUCCGAUGAAGAUGAGCUAGCGCCUGGACCCAGAAGAACUGAAGAUGCUACAGAUGUUGUCUGUAGACCCCCCCUGCCAGAUCAACCGACCAUCAUAAGCACAGUAGACCUGCACACGAUGUUUCCCACCCCGCCCUCCCUGGACCAGCAGGGAUACUCCCCCAUGAACUCUGGGAGCCAGAAUAGUCUGGAAACAGGGGCGAGUCUCACCGUGUUGGACAUCAGCCAGCUCAACACCCACUUCAGGAUGGAGGUGGAGGAGGGUUACUGCAGCCCAAAGCCAUGUGAACUAAAGGACUUCUCCUUUGUGUACAAGCCAGCAAUUAGUCAGUCCAUCAUCGGUUCAACUAUGUACGCCCCCUUAAAAACACUACCCAGCCAGUGUCUGUCACCCAUCAAACUGCCAGAGGACUGCAUGUACACACCGAGCUGGACCAUGGGCAAAGUGGAGCUGAUGACCAGCGUCAGCCUCCUCACCAAAGACAGCAGUAAUGUCCCCAGUGUUGAGCCAGACUACAACCAGACCCACACCCCUCAAACCCAAACACCCUUCCACACCGGCAGCGCUCCGCCCAGCAACAGCGGCCCUGGCAUUCUGCCUUCCCCGGCUACACCGCGCUUCUCUGUGCCCACGCCUCGCACGCCACGCACUCCACGAACGCCCCGCGGUCCGUCCAGCGUCCAGGGCUCCCUAAAGUAUGACAACUCUGACCUUUACUCGCCGGCGUCCACGCCUUCUACCUGUCGACCCCUCAGCUCGGUGGAGCCGGCCACCGUGCCCUCCAUCCCCGAGGCCCACAGCCUCUACGUCACCCUGAUCCUCUCCGAGUCGGUCAUGAACCUCUUCAAGGACUGCAACUUUGACAGCUGUUGCGUGUGCGUCUGCAACAUGAACAUCCGAGGGGCGGAUGUAGGCGUGUACCUGAAGGACAACGGCGAGGCCCAGUAUUCGUGCGCUUGUGGCUUCAGCGCCGUAACCAACCGGCGCUUCGGCCAGUCGGCCGGGCUGUUUCUGGAGGACGAGCUGGACGUGGUAGGACGCGGUUCAGAUGCCAGCCGGGACACCGAGCGGUGUUUCGAGGACCUGAGAAGCAGCUUGAAGGAGAAACCUCCAGAUGAGUUGAUCCUGCUGCUCCAGGACCAGUGCUCCAACCCACUGGCACCACUGGCUGGUGUGGAGUACUCUAAACAGGGCUCCGCUCCCAGCUCGUUCCUGAGGGUCGAAGAGAGAGACUGUUAUAACGACUGCUACAUGGCUCUGGAGCACGGCAGGCAGUUCAUGGACAACAUGUCAGGAGGAAAAGUGGACGAAACACUAGUGAAAAGCACCAGCCUUCAUCAGUGGCCAAAAUGUAAAUCAGCAGACAUGAGCAAGCUCUUCUCUCAGGAUGUCCUGCGGGUGUUGCUGUCUCUGCAGCCCGUCCUGCAGGACACCAUUCAGAAGAAGAGGAGUGUGCGGUCCUGGGGGGUUCAGGGACCCCUCACCUGGCAGCAGUUCCACAAAAUGGCUGGAAGGGGCUCAUAUGGAACGGAUGAGUCUCCAGAACCUCUGCCCAUCCCGACCUUUUUGGUUGGUUACGAAUACGAUUUUGUCGUGCUGUCUCCUUUCGGGUUGCCGUACUGGGAGAAGCUGCUCCUAGAUCCUUUUGGUUCCCAGAGGGAUGUGGGAUAUGUGGUCAUCUGCCCAGAAAACGAGGCCCUACUCCGCGGAGCCAAGACCUUUUUCAAAGAUCUGAGUGUCAUGUAUGAGGCUUGCCAGCUGGGGCAGCACAGGCCCAUCUGCAAGAGUCACCCAGAGGGUAUUCUGACGGUCGGUGCCACAGAAGGCAGGAGCAUGACGGAGCAGCCUCUCAGCGACUGGUUUCUCAAGAUGGCUGCUAGAGAAGGAAGUAAUGAAGCCUUCAACAAGCUCAAACUCUUUGCUCAAGUGUGUCGUUAUGAUCUAGCGUCAAAUUUGGCCGAGCUUCCUUUGGACAGUUCCCUUUUGGCCCAACGUAAUCCCACCGCGGCCACCUCCCCUUCGUCCUCCCAGACCAACUCUUCCAGCAUCUCCUCAGGACUCCAGAGCACCAACACCACCAGCGCCGGAGCGGCUCAGCCCGUCCAGGUCAACAGCACCCCUCCUUCCUCCUCGUCAGCCUCCCAGAGCAUCGGGGGGAUGGCGUCAGGCAAGCCCAGCUCCUACCUGCCGUUCGGGUCAGCGGGCUUGCAGGGAGGUGCUACUCAGAACGGACCUCAGUUGAAUUCCCAUGGUUCGGGGGGACUCGCAGAAAACGGGUCCAGUCAGCCUCAAGGUCCCACAGAAACCCCAGAGAGCACAAUGGAAAGAGACAAAGUGGGCAAGCCAACAGACGGGGAGUCGCACGCCGUUUCCUACCCACCCGCCAUAGUGGUUUACAUCGUGGACCCUUUCAGCUACGAAGACGCAGACAGAGAGAUUCACUCCAGCACGUUCACAUUCGGCCUGCUGCGCUGCUACAUGGAGAUGCUCCCGUUCCUACCCGCUCACAUCAGGAACGCCGUCUCAGUGCAGAUCGUUCCUUGCCAGUAUCUGCUGCAGCCGGUGCACAGCGCCGAGCGCCACGCCUACAGCCAGCACCUGAAGUCUCUGGCCUUUUCCGUGUACACUCAGUGUCGUCGUCCCCUUCCCAACUCCACCAACUUCAAGACUUUGACGGGCUUCGGGCCUGGGCUCGCCAUCGACAUGGCCCUCAAGAACCCAGAGCGGCCGGAGUGCCUGCGUCUGUACACGCCACCCUUCAUCCUGGCUCCAGUGAAAGACAAGCAGACUGAGCUCGGGGAGACGUUUGGCGAGGCGUCGCAGAAGUACAACAUCCUGUUUGUGGGCUACUGCCUCUCUCACGACCAGCGCUGGCUGCUGGCGUCCUGCACCGACCAGCACGGGGAGCUGCUGGAGUCCUGCAUCAUCAGUAUUGAUGUACCGAACAGGGCUCGCAGGAAAAAGGGCUCAGCCAGGCGACUGGGUUUACAGAAGCUGUGGGACUGGUGCGUGGGUCUGGUUCAGUUGACGUCACUGCCCUGGAGGGUGGUGAUCGGGCGGCUCGGACGGAUGGGCCACGGCGAGCUGAGAGACUGGAGCAUUCUGCUGAGCAGGAGGAACCUACAGUCCCUCAGUAAGCGUCUGAAGGAGACCUGUAGGAUGUGUGGCAUCUCUGCUUCUGACACACCCAGCAUCCUCAGCGCUUGUCUGGUUGCCAUGGAGCCACAGGGUUCCUUUGUGAUCAUGCCAGACUCCGUUUCCACGGGUUCGGUGUUCGGUCGCAGCACCACCCUCAACAUGCAGACGUCCCAGCUGAGCACACCUCAGGAUACAUCCUGCACACACAUCCUGGUGUUCCCCACCUCAGCUGUGGUCCAGGUCAACACUAACACCUCCGAGCCCAUCGACAUCAGCUUCAACCCCAUAAACCCCGAUGGAUCUGACGGGAUGGGAAUCUUUGACCUUUUUGAUAACGACAUGGAUCACGACAUGGUGGAUCCAGACCUGAUCAACAUCCUGCCCAACUCCCCCACAACCUCUCCGGGUCACUCUCCCGGUUCUCACUAUCAUCAGGGAGGAGAUGGAAGCAAGGGUCCGAGCGCCGACCGGAUGGAGUCCCACGAGGAGGCUCUGAACAUCCUGCAGCAGCCGAUGGCUUUGGGUUACUUCAUCUCCACCGCCAAGGCUGGUCCACUGCCUGACUGGUUCUGGUCGGCUUGUCCCCAGGCCCAGAACCAGUGUCCGCUCUUCCUCAAGGCCUCUCUGCACCUGCACGUGUCUUCAGUCCAAUCAGACGAGCUUCUGCACAGUAAACACUCCCACCCGCUGGACUCUAACCACACCUCCGACGUGCUCAGAUUUGUUCUAGAGCAAUACAACGCCCUCUCCUGGCUGACGUGCAACCCUGCGACCCAGGACCGGCGCUCCUGCCUGCCUGUUCACUUCGUGGUGCUCACACAGAUUUAUAACUUUAUCAUGAACAUGCUCUGAACUACGGGCGGCUUCAAACUGAUCGGAUCGGAGGAUUUACUAAGUCAAACUUGUGGAUUUUUUUCUUUCCUUGUGCAAUGAAGAAUUGCAAACAUUCGAAAGGAACGCCAUCAGAGCGAAUGCGGAGGAAGUCUCCAGCCUCAUCCUCCUCCCUGGUGUCUAUCGCCCAGCGCUGACUGGAAAGUCCCAAAUCAAUCAAUCAGAUGCCAAGAAUUCAUUUCAGCAUUUCGGAUGAUCACGGGACGUUUCGUAAAAGGAGAAUAAAUUUGUCUUUUUAAUGACUGUAGAUUGCAAUCUAUGAAAUUUUAUCUUAUUGAAAUGCCUGCAUAUAUUAUUUAUUGUAAGUUUUUAAAUGUGGAAUUUUUAAUGCUUAAUAUCUUUUAUAUAUUACAAAUCCUAGGGAGUGUGUACAUCUCACUGUAAAGGAAAAUCGGAUUAAAAAGUGUAACUUUUUCUCCAAUUAGAUCCCAGAGAGAAAAAACAAAACCGUUCAAGUGGAUUUUGCUGUAGAUUGCUUUUAGAAUCUUAUUUUUUCAAAGGGUACAGACCUUUUUAUUGCCAUGCUGUAAAAAAAAUGAAGUAAAAGCUGGCCUGGGCAUUUGCGUCCCACCCAACGAGUGGCUGAGACUUACCUCUUUGUCUCUCGCACAGUAACUCAGUGAGCUCUGAGGAGGAAUUAAAGGUACAUUGUCAGAUUAUAUAUUUUAUAUAACAGAUUUAGGUAAUUGUGUGUGUAUAUGUGUACAUAUACUUGUGUGCCGCUACUGAUGGUGCAGCUUCUGUUUUAGGAAUAAAGUGCGUCUACCUUAC